AUGAUCUACCUCCUCGGCGCCCUCGCGCCCGCGCUCCUCGUCCCCGCAUCUCCGCCUGUGCGAGCGCGAGUCGUGCGCAUGAGCGAGACCGACGCCAAGGCCGCCUGGCUCGCCAAGAACCUACCGACGUGGUCCGGCGCGGGAAAGGUCUCUGCCGACUUGGCCGAGGGGCAGGCCGUGCCGGCAUGGCUCUCUGACGGCCUCGGCAAGGUCUCAACGUGGAGCCAGGCGGCGGGGGCGCUCCGGCAGGCGGCGGCCGAGUUUUCCGCCCUCGCAGAGGCGUGCGGCUCUGGCGACGACGUGGCGUGCGCGACGCUGACACGCGAGGAGGCGUCGAAACGCGCCUGGCUGGAGAGGCUCGACGCGCCGACAUGGGCCAAGACGGCCUCCCCGGCGCCGCUGGCGGCGCUCUCGGAAGCCGAGGCCAAGGCCGCUUGGCUGGCGAAUGCGCCAUCCUGGGGCAAGGCGGCGACUGCCCUCUCGUCGGUGUGGCAGGCCGAGGCGACAGAGGUUGCGGCUUUGACGGAUGCGUGCGGCUCCGGCGACGAGGCUGCGUGCGACACGCUGACGCGCGAGGAGGAGGCCAAGCGCGCCUGGCUGUCGCGCCUCGACACUCCGAACUGGGGCAGGGCGCCUGAGGCGGCAGAGCUUGCGGCAGCGCCCGCAGAGCCAGAGGCGGCACCGGCGGCGUCGGCGGCGGAGGCGGAGGCGAAGGCGAAGUGGCUGGCGAGCCUCGACGCUCCAUCAUGGGGCAAGGCGGCGGCGGAGCCGGCAGCUCCCGCAGGGCCGGCUGCAGAACCGGCGGCACCGGCAGCAGCAGCGGCGGCCGAGGAAGCGGCCAAGGCUCGCUGGCUGGCGAGUCUGGACGCCCCAUCGUGGGGCAAGGAGGCGGCGGCUGCAACAGCCCCCGCAGAGCCGGCGGCCUCAGCGGCGGCGGCACCGGCGGAGGCGGAGGCGGAGGCGAAGGCGAA